AUGAUGAGCAGCGGCUGCUCGUCCCCGUGCGAGGUGUCCUGUCCCCAGCCCUACGCGGACGCCUGGAGCCAGCCCUGUGUCACCUCCUGCGGGGACUCGCGGGCCGUGGUCUACCCUCCGCCCGUGGUCAUCACCUUCCCAGGGCCCAUCCUCAGCUCCUUUCCCCAGGAGAGCUUUGUGGGCACCUCCUUCCCGUCAGGGGCCAUGGGAGCUUCUGGGUCUGGGGGCGCCAUUGGGGGGGGAUCCUACGGAGGGGGCAGCGGCUCCAUGGGGGGACUUGGGGGAUCCCUUGGAGGCAGUUCCAUGGGUGGAUCCUACGGAGGCGGUUCCAUGGGUGGAUCCUAUGGAGGUAGUUCCCUGGGUGGAAUUGGGGGAUCCCUUGGAGGCGGUUCCAUGCGUGGAUCCUAUGGAGGCGGCUCCAUGGGUGGAUCCUAUGGAGGCGGCUCCAUGGGUGGAUCCUACGGAGGCAGCUCCAUGGGGGGAAUUGGGGGAUCCCUUGGAGGCGGUUCCAUGGGUGGAUCCUACGGAGGCUGCUCCAUGGGUAGAUCCUACGGAGGGAGCAGAUCCUUUGGGAGCAGAAGAUCCUUCGGCUCCUCAGGCGGCGGCUUUGGGGGCUCCUACGGCGGGGGCAGCUCCUUUGGGGGCGGCUCCUGCGGAGGGGGAUCCUACGGAGGGGGCAGCUCCAGCUCCAGGAGGUUUGGAGGAGGAAACUGUGGCUUCUUUUAUUUCUGA